CUCUCUUCAAACUGUGUGAUGCUAGAAUAUCUCUACCUGCGGGGGAACUCUUUUGAAGGAACUAUUCCUUCUUCAUUCCAAAAAUUGAGAAGCAUGCAAGUUCUUGAUGUCUCCCACAAUAAUCUCUCAGGCCUAAUACCAGAGUUUCUAGCUGAACUUCCCUUUUUCACCAAUCUCAACUUGUCUUUCAAUAGCUUUGAAGGCAAAGUGCCAACGAAAGGAGUGUUCAACAACAUCAGUGCAUUCUCGGUUGUUGGAAACAACAAGUUAUGCGGAGGGAUUGAGCCACUUCGAUUGCCUGAUUGUUCUACAGAAAUUGCAAAGAAAGGGAAGAACUUUCGACGCAGUGCGAUAAUUGCAUCCAGUAUUGUCCUCUUCGCUGUUUUGUUCUUCAUUUCUCUUGUUGCAAUCAAACGACGGCUCAGCUUGUCAAGAAAGAAAGAGGGCCUUGCCACACCUUUGGAUAAGAAACACCCACAACUUUCCUACGCUGAGCUCCUUCAUGCGACCGACAGUUUCUCUUUAGCCAACUUAAUUGGCAAGGGAAGAUAUGGUUCAGUCUAUAAAGGGAUUCUAAGUGGUGAUGAUCAAACAACAGUUGCUGUGAAAGUACUUAAUCUUCAACAGCAGGGUGCCGAUCGGACUUUCAAGGCUGAAUGUGAAGCCCUUAGGAAGCUUAGGCAUCGAAAUCUCGUCAAGGUCAUUACAUCUUGCUCCAGCAUAGAUUUUCAAGGUAACAAUUUCAAAGCCUUGGUGCUCGAGCUCUUGCCAAAUGGGAGCUUAGAAACUUGGUUACAUCCAAGUUCAACCGAGUUACACAAUUCACCAAUCUUAAAUCUAAUUCAGAGGCUCAACAUUGCCAUUGAUGUUGCCUCCGCAUUAGAUUAUCUUCAUUCCCAAUUUGACAAGCCGGUAGUCCAUUGUGACUUAAAGCCGAGCAAUGUUCUUCUAGACACCGACUUUACAGCCCAUAUUAGUGAUUUUGGCCUAACAAGGUUUCUUUCGGAUACAACUGAGCAAUCCAUUACUGAGCAAAGCAGUUCUAUGGGAAUAAGAGGAACCAUUGGAUAUAUUCCUCCAGAAUACGGAAUAGGAAAGGAAAUAUCAACACAUGGUGAUGUGUUUAGCUAUGGCAUCGUUCUAAUGGAGCUGUUUACAGGCAAAAGGCCCACUGACAACAUAUUUACAGGAGAGUUGAGUCUACGUGAAUAUGUUAAGACGGCCAUGGCUGAUCAUGUGGUGGAGAUAGUUGAUACUUGGCUCAAAUUUGAAAAUAAAGCAGCAGUCAAUCAAAAUUGCCAAAGUAGCAACAUCUGGAAAUGCUUGGACUCGGUGCUUAGCAUAGGAGUGUCAUGCUCGGCAGAUUCGCCGAACGAACGAUGAGCAUCGGAGAUGUUCUGAGAAACUUCAAAAGGCUAGAAAUAUGCUUCUUGAAGAUCAAAGGAGAAGUGCGUUACAAACUUCAGUGCAUCACAGAAGACGUUAGAAAUUUAUACCAAAGAGAUGUUAUAAACAUGAUAUUUUGAUGCAAUGCUGCUAAGCAUUUCCAUAGACUGUAUUUUCUUAAUUUAGA